AACACAAAGUGGCACAACUGCACAAAGUUCACAUCUCCGGCAUCUCGCCCUUCACCAUGAGCGACCCCGAGAACUUCCGCUCCUCCCUCACCCUCGACGUCAACGCCAUCAUCGAUGACGUCAUCGUGAACGGCGCAGCAGACCCGGGGAGCUACUACGACAACAGCACGGACAGCGAGUUCCCGCUCUUCAUCGACUUCUUCCCCAAUAGACCCAGGAACGUCUACAACCCCCCUUCCUGCAUAAAUCUGGUCAAGAGAGGGUCUUCCGUCAUCCGCAUGGCCAACGACAAGUGCACGGACAGCGGCAGGUACCUGUGUGAGGUCACGGUCACUAGGGAGACGCACUGAGGUCAGUUGUGUCAAGGUCAUCAGCUGGGAGAGCUCGGUGACCCUCCGGUCAAGGUCAGGGUGGCAUGAGAGACUUGGAGAUAAUGAUAUUAAUAAUAAAGUCCUAUGUACAUGAGCAUCUCCUUGAAUACAGCGUGGGUACGGUCAUUAUUUGAUCAUACCAGCCUCUGGCUCUU